UGGCGGAGAGAGAACGUCUCUUUAUUAGGAAGACACAAGAGAGGGGAGGAGAGAGAAACUCUUUAGAGAGAGAAAAAUAGAGAGAGAAGGAGUUCUUCUCUCUUUAAUACCCAUUUUAAGUCCCCCAUUUUCUUCUUCUUUUUUCUCUCUCUUCCGCUUCUUCGCGAUCUCUUUGCCUUUCUCCAGAACUUCGGAAAUGGACCAUGAUGAGACUGGAUGCCAAGCUCCUCCAGAAGGACCAAUCUUGUGCAUUAAUAAUUGUGGAUUCUUUGGGAGUGUGGCAACGAUGAACAUGUGCUCCAAGUGCUACAAAGAUGCCGUUCUCAAGCAGGAGCAAGCUAAACUUGCUGCAUCAUCUAUUGAAAAUAUAGUGAAUGGAUCAUCGAGUAGCAACGGCAAGGAGCCUGUUGUUGUUGGCACGACGGUGGAUCUGCAAGUCAAACCUAUUGAACUAAAAGUCGUACCUGCACCAGAGUCAAGUGUAUCAACAGAAUUGGUGGAGGAAAGUGGUGAUGCUAAGCCAAAACAAGGGCCUAGCCGUUGUACCACUUGCAAGAAAAGGGUAGGCUUGACAGGAUUCAAUUGCCGGUGCGGUAAUCUUUUCUGUGCCACACAUCGCUAUUCAGACAAACACGAGUGCCCCUUUGAUUACCGCACUGCUGCUCGUGAUGCCAUAGCUAAAGCCAACCCUGUUAUUAAGGCUGAAAAACUCGAUAAAAUCUAAGGCUGGAGGUGUGAAGUUCGAUCAUUCAAAAAUACAAUGCAUCCUUUUCUCCAACGAGACUUCUCUUUGAGUUGGCUGCAUAUUAUCAAGAAGGUGUCCUCUACAAUGGAUAUGUUGGCUUGGAGAAACGGCGAGUUAGGACAGCUUUGCAGCUUCAAGUUAUUCUCUAUUUGUGAUUGCCUUAAAUGUGUUGUUGGCUCCGAUUAUCUCUUCUACCUGUGCUGGUUUGAUGGACAAUCUCUUAAAUUAGCUUUGUAAUGUGUCCCUUCUGGCCGAAAAAAUGGCAUUAUGAGUAGUUUAUGUGAAAAUGAUUUGUGAUAUUCAGAAAUGUCUUCUUCAUUCUGUAACUAACAGUUGUUUUUACUUAAACCUAUUUGUUACGCCGUGCACAGGCAAUCA